UCAGCGUCUUGCGACCAAAGCUUGCCAAAGCAAAUCCAACGAACUUCGUAGCCCAGCGCCAACAAAUCAACAACAAUGAAACUCUUCGUCCUCGCUGUGUGCGCCAUCGCCGUGGCCUCCGCCGAUGUGUCCCACCUCAACCUGGGCGGCAGUGGCUACAACUACAACAAGCCCACGCCGACCUUCAACAUCCCGUCGGCCCCAGCUCCGGUUUACUCUGCGCCAGCACCGGCACCAGUGUACUCCGCACCUGCUCCUGCCCCAGUGUACUCGGCUCCUGCUCCUGCCCCAGUGUACUCGGCUCCUGCUCCUGCUCCAGUUUACUCGGCUCCUGCUCCUGCUCCAGUUUACUCUGCACCUGCACCAGCUCCUGAGUACCUGCCACCUGUUCAGGACAUCCCAGCUCCUGCCCCCGCUCCAGUCUACUCUGCUCCUGCCCCAGCUCCAGUUUACUCUGCACCUGCACCAGCUCCUGAGUACCUGCCACCUGUCCAGGACAUCCCAGCUCCUGCCCCAGCUCCAGUUUACUCUGCUCCUGCCCCCGCUCCAGUUUACUCUGCUCCCGCCCCAGCUCCAGUCUACUCUGCUCCUGCCCCCGCUCCAGUCUACUCUGCUCCUGCCCCCGCUCCAGUCCACUCUGCUCCUGCUCCUGAGUACCUGCCACCUGUCCAGGACAUCCCAGCUCCUGCCCCAGCUCCAGUUUACUCUGCUCCUGCCCCCGCUCCAGUCUACUCUGCUCCUGCCCCUGCUCCAGUUUACUCUGCACCUGCCCCAGCUCCUGAGUACCUGCCCCCUGUCCAGGACAUCCCAGCUCCUGCCCCAGCUCCAGUUUACUCUGCCCCAGCACCAGCUCCAGUCUACUCUGCCCCCGCACCAGCUCCCGUUUACUCCGCUCCCGCACCAGCUCCCGUGUACUCUGCCCCCGCACCAGCACCCGUGGAGUCCGGCUACCAGUACAACGUGCCCGCCAAGCGCUUCCGCUUCUAAGUGGGCCAGGCCAGCAGGUGACCCCCAGUGAGAGCCACUGCCAUUUGGCGCGAGGACGGCUUGUUAAAUUAACAAG